GGCGGGCGGGCGGAUCGGGGGCCGGGGUCGGGUCGGGGCCGGGAGCAGCGGCGCCAGGUGUGUGUGUGAUUCAGCAAUGUCGGGCUUACUCGACUGGCUGUACAAUGGCUUCACCAGUAUGCUGCAGUUUCUGGGUUUAUAUAAGAAAUCGGGGAAAUUGGUCUUCCUGGGCUUGGACAAUGCUGGGAAAACCACCUUAUUGCACAUGCUGAAAGAUAACAGACUGGGGCAGCAUGUGCCAACAUUGCAUCCCACAUCAGAAGAGCUGACUAUUGCAGGAAUGACUUUCACUACCUUUGACCUCGGAGGUCACGCACAAGCCCGAAGAGUCUGGAAGAACUACCUCCCUGCAAUCAAUGGGAUUGUUUUCCUGGUUGACUGUGCAGACCACUCGCGGCUUGCUGAAUCUAAAGUGGAACUUGAUGCAUUAAUGACAGAUGAAACAAUAACUAAUGUUCCCGUCCUCAUCCUGGGUAAUAAAAUCGACCGAUCGGAGGCCAUAAGUGAGGACAAACUACGGGAGAUCUUCGGGCUAUAUGGACAAACGACAGGAAAGGGGGGUGUGCCAUUGAAAGAACUCAACACUCGACCACUAGAGGUGUUUAUGUGCAGCGUGCUGAAACGUCAGGGAUAUGGAGAAGGAUUCCGCUGGCUGUCGCAAUACAUCGACUGAACCUGAGAGUAAAUUAUGCCACUUUGGACUGAACUAGUUUGCAGCUGUCUACAUGAUCUUCUUUUCCUCUGCUUCCUUUCCAAAACAACAAAAAAACAGGUCACACAGCUGUUGACAAGAUCGCAAUGCCUAGCAGGGGAGGUUUCAGAUGCAGGUUUUUAAAGUAUAAACCUGACGUAGGCGUUUGUACCUGGUUUAACAUUACAACUGUUUUGCCCCAAGUGUGGCCUGUUUACAACACCCCCUCCCCCCAACCCCCCCCCCCCCCC